AUGAGUCUAAGUCUAGCGGAUGAGUUGGCAGGUGCCGACGGAGGGUUCGAUCAUUCGGGUGAUGUGCAAUGGUUAGAAGAUGAAUUGGCGAAAGAGAUGGAGAUGGAGAAUGAGGAAUCAGAUCCCAUGUAUAACAACCCACAAUCUCAUCUUCCACCCACCCCUUCUCAAAGAUUGAAAUCUACCCAUACGACACCAAUACGAAAAGUAAGGAAUGAAAAGUCUAUCGGUGCUUUACGUACUUUGAAACAAACGUCAAAUGAGGAUGAUUUAUCAGGUUUUCAUCAUGUUACUCCUCUGAGAUAUCCUCGGGAUCUUCGGAAUGUUCAAUCGAGACAUAACCUCAACCAGAACCAGAACCACAGUCAAAACCACGACCAUAACCUCGACUUAGGCUCAGAGAUGGAUCUCGAUAAUCCUCCGAAUGUUGAUUUGAGAAUGCCCAAUCUCAAGCACGAUGAUGAUGUUCCAUUUGCCGACGCUUUCCAUGAGAACGAAACUUUUGGGAUUAUCCCUUCGGACCAUAUGACAUCAAGGGAUAUACAACCUAUCAUAGAGGAAGAAAACUAUGGUCAAGGUCAAGCAUUAAUAAUCUUAUCUGAAACUCUAGCACAAACUCAGAAACUCUCAAUGCAACUUCGUAACGUUGACAACACCUUUCGUCCUAAAUUAUCCAAAUCAGAAGAUCAAAUUCCAAAGGAGGAAACAUCAAAAGAUUCCCCGGUCGACCUGAUUACAGGGCUGCAAGAACUCGGAGUUGAAUCAGGAGUAGCAGUUCAAGGUUUGAAAGGAGAGAAAAACAGCAAGAUUCUAAAAAAUAUGGAAAAUUUACUACAUGAUCAUUUAACAAAAAUGCACGAAAGUGAACGUCGAGCAGAAGAACAUUUAAGAGAAUUGAAUAAUUUCGAAAGAAUCUUAAGUCAAAUCCGAUGGGAUCAAAUAGAUAUAAAUUUGAUAGAUUUCUUAUCAGAUAUCUGGACGGAGACGGAAGAGAAGAAAGAUUCGGAUUUGGAUUUGAUAGGUUGGACAGGUGAAACAAAAGGUUUUAAAAUCAAUUUAGAAUUAAUUGAUUCUACAAGUUUACCUUAUUUGGUACAUCCUACUGAAGGUGCACUUAUAACUCCUCAGAUUGAUGAUUAUAUCGAAUCAAGAUAUCCCAAUGGUAUCAUGGAUCAAAAUCAUAAUCAUAAUCAUGAUCAUAAUCAUAAUCAUAAUCAUAAUUACGACAAUGAUCAUGAUAAUGAAAUACCUAUGGAAGAACAUAAAGAUUUUGAUCCAUUCGAAAUGACAGAGGAAGAAAAUCAAAGACCUUUUUCUCCUACUAGACCUUCUUCUACUUUCCCUCAAUCAACAACUUUCCCUAAUCAAUCAUCAUCUAUUCGACACGACUCAACAUCAAACCGACAUUCUACUUCUACUUCUUAUCCUCAAUCAAAAGAAGGACUCCCAUUCCAAACCCAACUUUUAUUAUCGGAUACAAUAUCACUCCUCAGUUCACUAAACUCUUUAUCUGAAACUCUCUCGUUAACCGGGUCGAUACACGGAACGAUACAACGUCAAUUAAGAGGUGUUAAAGCUGGUGUUGAAGGAUUGAGGGAGAGAGAAUUUGGGGAGAAUAAAGCUUGGGAUAUCGUAGAAGGGUAUGAUAGAGAAAGGGUCGAAAGGGGUUUGAAAGGUGAUAAAGUGGGUGAUAUACUUCAAAAAGAAGUGGAAGGGUUCGAAAGGAAGUUAGGGGAGUUUGAGAGACAUGCUGAGAGGUUGGGGAGUUUGAGAUUGGUCGUUUGUUGA